UUUUUAACAAAUCCUACAUAUGGUUGGCUGUUUACUCCCUCAUAUACUUACACAUGCAGAGAAAAGUCUCCACUUCCAAAAUGAACAAGUCCGCUGGGGGCAAAACAAAGAGAAUGCAUCUUGCUUUGGCUCAUUCAUCAGCGUGAAAUGCGUGCCAGUUUUUUAACAACUCAGAGGGACAGAAGACUUCUCUAACUUUGCACCGGAAACUUAAAGAACUUGAGAACGUUCCUGUAAGGGUCUACAUUAUCAGAACUUACACCAUGGAAACAGACUCCACCCACAACCUGACCACACCAAAUGUGUCAUUGUUGCAUCAUAAUAUCAUAAAUUCAUCAUGUGACUACAUGUCCCCCUCAACCUACCAUUACCAAAAGAAAGUGAUCCCCACCUUCUACAGCCUCAUCUUUUUGUUGGGUUUUUUUGGCAACAUGCUAGUAGUGUUUGUUUUGUAUCACAGAUCAGGGCGAAGGACUGUAGCUAACACAUAUCUGGUGAAUUUAGCAAUGUCUGACUUGCUCUUCCUGAGCUCUUUGCCAUUCUGGGCUGUGUACUACUCUCUGGAUUAUAAUUGGAUUUUUGGGAAGGUUAUGUGUAAACUGUGCGGGUCUCUGCUAACCAUAAAUGUCUACGCUAGUAUAUUUUUCAUCACUUGUAUGAGCGUGGAUCGAUAUCACGCUAUCGUCUACCCUCUACACUCCCAGAGCAGUAGGAGUGUGAAUCGGGCCAGGUGUGUUAGCUGCAUCAUUUGGGUCGUGGCGGCUCUAACCACGCUGCCCACAGUUGUGUUCCGUGACAUACACACUUUCCCCAUAAACAACGUGACAGCUUGUGUCAUAUAUUACCCCAGUGAGCAUUGGCAAACCGGGUUAACUCUUGCGAAGAACAUCCUCGGAUUCUUCCUGCCGUUCGUUGUCAUAGCAACCUGCUACAGCCGAAUCACAGUACACCUGAUGGCCGCUCCCAACUACCUGGAGCAAGACUCUGCCCGAUUGGUCCAUGUCUUGCGUAUGGUGGUCGCCGUGGUAUUGGCAUUUUUCUUUUGCUGGUUCCCAUUUCAUGUGCUGACAUUCAUGGGAGCUGUAGGAGAGCUGAGUGUGGAGUGGGAUUGCUGGGUGCUCCAAGCAAUCAAUAAUCUACUGCCGUUCUUCCUCUGCCUCGGCUUUUCCAACUCUGCUAUCAACCCUUUCCUGUACUGUUUUGUCGGAAAUCACUUCCGGGAGAGGCUUUGGCAAAUUUAUGGAGAGAUGCUGACGCAGAAAAGAGAUUCUAUUAGUACAAGACUGUCUUCUUUCUCCCGGAAACUGAGUGACCUGAAAGAGACUGUGCCUAUGGAGAUUCUUGAGCAGCAAAGUGCCCCCUAGUGCAGGGGAGACUAAUGUGAAACUAUAACCUUUAUAUACUGUAAUUACAAAAAAGUGGACAAUGUCAGUGACAGUCAUUGCCCUAAAUGUUGUUCUAUGACCUGCUAUUGGUGCAGGAUGAUCAGAGCAGAUAGAUCACAUCUAGUAUUCCAUAGAGUUUGUUACUGGUUGUGAUUAAGGUAGAUUCACUGUGCCUCUAAAAUGUUGGGUUUCAAUCUUGUUCUCUACCAAUGUUAACGGAAUAGUUCACCCAAAAAUAAGAUUACCUCUCAUGUAGUUCCAAACUCACAUGACUUUCUGUUUUCAUCUGUUUUCAACACAUCUGUUUCAUCUGUUUUUUUUAGAUGUUAGGCAGAAUGACAGCCUCAGUCACCAUUUACUUCCAUUGGGGGUAAAAUGGAGGCUGUCAUUCUUCCUAAUAUAACCUUUUAUUUCCACGGAAGACAGAAAGUCAUAUAAGUUUGGAAUAACAUAAGGGUGAGUAAAUGGUGAUAAUUGUCAUUAUUUGGGUUAACUAUCCCUUUAAGUUUUGCUUUAUUUCUUUUCAAACUGUGCUGUGAUUAGCAGUGGUAUCAACAACAGUUAAUUGCAUAAUAAUAUUCUAAAUUUGAAGUUGCAUAUUUUUGAGUUGAUCAGACUCUCUCCAGCGUGAGGAAUUGUGGUUUUGCUUUUUGAUUGUCUUGCAGAAAAAUAUAUAUUUUUUGAGUACAGACAGUUAUAAUGUCAGAGUUAUUGUUUCAUCAAUAUUGCUAAUAUGACCAGAAUGUCAUAUAUGUAAAAUCAUCUAAAUUGCUGAAGUCUGCCAGAAAGUUGCCAAAAAUGCUAUAUAUAAAAUAUCACACAAACUGUUAAAAUAAUAAAAUCAUUAUAAAUGACAUUAUAACUACAAUGGAGUUUUGUAAAUAAAUCGUG